AGGCCGGAGAGCGUUGUCAGACGAUCUUGCCGAUGCCUGGCCGGUCGGAAGCAGUAUCCCGCCCAUUCUGUAGGAUUGCGGCUGCAGAUGCUCCGACGUGCUGAGACUAAAAGAACAACGAUGGAGAAGAUGCCGAGUGGAUUUUUGAAGGAAAGUUCCUCGUUCUGCAUUUUCUGUUGCAAUUCCCGUAAAAGUGCGCUAUCAUGGCUGCUGCUGAGCCCAAGGAUGUCGAGAAAGAAGUCGGAGAAGAGGUGGAUGUUGUUGUAGGGACCGAUGAGGCCUACAGUAUUUAUACCAAGAAAGAAAAAUGGUUGAUUGUCGCUAUGGUCGCAUUGGCUGGGUUCUAUAGUCCUCUACCAGCCAACAUCUACUUCCCAGCUAUUCCGACGAUAGCAAAGGCCUUCCACAAGUCAGUCGACGAUGUAAAUCAGACUGUAACGGUGUACCUCGUGUUCCAAGGCAUAUCGCCUAUGCUCUGGGGUCCCAUCAGCGACAGGUAUGGACGACGAUUGGUCUUCCUCGGAUGUCUCAGCAUUCUCGUCGCUGCGAGCAUUGGACUUGCUCUAUGUCCAACGAACCAAUUCUGGCUCCUUCUCUUUCUGCGAUGCUUCCAGUCUGGAGGUAGCGCUAGCACAAUCGCGCUCGGCGCUGGUGUGAUAGGAGACAUCUCUACAAGUAGAGAAAGAGGAGGGUACUUUGGCAUGUUCAACCUCGGGCCCAUGCUUGCGCCCUGCAUCGCACCUGCGAUAGGUGGUGCCCUGUCUCAAGGCCUUGGCUGGCGGUCGAUCUUCUGGGCGAUCGUGAUCAUGGUCGCUGCUUGCCUUGUUCUCAUCGCCCUCUUCCUCCCGGAAACCCUGCGCUCCAUUGCUGGCAACGGCAGUAUUCCCGUACCUCGACACUCUCGAGCCAUCAUUCCUAUCGUUGGUGGCAAAGCUACUCACAAGGUUGCUGAUACUGAGUCUCGCGCGAAGCCGAAACAGUCCAUGAAUCCGUUCAUUUUGUUCACCUACCCGGAUGUUGUCGUCUUGCUCACCUUCACCGGCAUUGUGUACGCCGUGAACUACACCAUUACUGCCACCAUCUCUUCGGCCUUCGCAAAGAUCUACCCAGAUCUCUCAGAGACCGUGCUUGGACUCUGCUACCUACCCACUGGCGCUGGUAUGAUCAUCGGUAGCACCGUGACGGGCAAGGUCCUCGACUGGGAGUACGAUCGCAUCGAGAAGCGUUCUGGCGAGGGGUUCACCAUCGAGUACGCUCGUCUGCGACUGAUGCCGUACUACCUCGCCCUCUUCGUCAUGUGCGUCAUUGGCUGGGGUUGGACCAUUCAGGCGAAGGCACACAUGGCCGUCCCACUGUGUCUGGGGGUACUAUUGGGCUGGACCGGCAUGGCCAUCUUGAACACGACGAUGACGCUGAAUAUCGACAUCCUGCAAUCGAGGAGUUCGGGAGCGACAGCGUGCACGAAUCUCGUCCGGUGCUCCCUGGGGGCCAUUCUUGUAUCGAUCAUCGACCGUAUGACGAGCAAGCUGGGAGAUGGAUGGACGUACACGAUCUGGGGCGCAACGUGUGCAUUGCUAAUGCCCCUGAUGUUCUUGGAGAUGAAGAAGGGUCCGCAGUGGCGGAAGACGAGAGAGGAGAAAGAGGAGAAGUAAGGCUGUUGAGAAAAGUUUGCAUCUGCAUUUUGAUGAAAAGCUAUAUACCCUAGUCGUAGUUCGGACCUGCAAUGUUUACCAAAUCUGGAAGUGACGAA